UUAUAUUUCUUCAUUUUCUUUUCUACAUGAACUACUUUGAAGAGGAGUCUUCUGCUUCUUCUUCCUCCAGUGAGCUACAGGGUUCGAAUGCGCCAUCCAACGCGAGCUCUCCGUCGGAGGCGAACGUGUCGCCGGCCGCAUCGCACAAGCGGAAAGCCGGUAGGAAGAAGUUCCGAGAGACGCGCCACCCGAUCUAUAGAGGAGUCAGGGAGAGGAACGGCGGCAAGUGGGUGUGCAAAGUACGUGAGCCAAACAAGAAGUCGCGGAUUUGGCUGGGCACCUUCCCUACCCCGGAAAUGGCAGCUAGGGCUUAUGAUGUCGCAGCGUUGGCUCUUAGGGGGAAGUCUACACCGCUCAACUUUCCUGAUUCUUCCUGCCUUCUGCCUCGUGCCAAAUCAUCGCUGGCCGUUGAUAUACAGGCAGCGGCUCUUGAGGCUGCUGAGGCUUUUAGGCCUGCGACAGCUUCUUGCACCUCCUCCUCAUCUUCUCAUCAGGGGACCAAGGUUGAGAGCGAAGAGAAGGUUGCAGAAGAUUCCACCAUGUUCUUGGAUGAGGAGGAGCUGUUCAAUAUGCCAGGUCUGAUUCACAGCAUGGCGGAAGGGUUGCUUCUUACGCCACCACCUAUGCAGAAAGGACCCGAUUGGGAUGACAUGGAUUGCCACAUGGACUUUACUUUGUGGAGUGACUAACGUGCUUUUAAUUUCUAUACCUACCUUUCCACAAACCUGGCUUCCCUUCAUUAUUUUUCUUUUUGUUUCAUUUCUCUCUUAUGCUGUUAGAGCUCUGCUGCCAUUGUUCUUUUUAUUCCAUCAUUCAAUUUUUUUCCUAUUCUAUAGUUGAUUGAUCAGAUUUAAUAUUUUUCCCUCCAUUGCCUCAUAGGCUCCACUAGAUUUUUUUUUUUUUGACCUUCCAGUAAUUUUCAGAGAGCUUGCAUAUACUUUCAAAAUUAGUAAUGGAACCCUCAUCUCUCUCUCUCUCUCUCUAUCAGACUCUAUCAGUCUGUCUUCUCGAAACCCUUUUCAAUUUACUGUCUUUGUGAUUAGUAAUUGGGUGGAAAAGUUAACCAAACUUGGCCAGAAACCCAGUGUUGCAGAAACUAGAUUCGAGCGAACCGCAGAGGUUUCAUGCAAAAUUUUGUUUGUUUCAUCUAGAAACUGACCACUAUAGGCUUGGUUAAUUCUCAGUAACAGGCCUGGGUUAAUCUUCAACUGCCCGAAUUGAACCCCUAAUUACAACAAUAUUAUCUGAACUCAAUUCAAGUCCAAUAUCUGAUUCAUUCUGAACUAUCUAUAUUAGGUUGUAUUUUGAUUGUAGAGUGGAAGUGGAAGAAGCUUGAACUAUCUAUAUCUAUUGAAGUGACCGAGGAAGGGGUAUUAAAUCCACUACUUUCCAUAUCCUUACGGAACCAAAGAUAAUGUGAUUUGUUGAAUUUUUUCUUGUUAUUCGUAUUACACAUGUAUCAGAAUAUGCCAGGAUUGGUUGGUUAAAUUUAUUUUUGUGUUCUCUGUAAAAUAAAAGAGAC